UUUCUCGUUUGUGGACUCGGACAUUCCCUUUCUUCCCUUAGGAGGACUGCUACACAGAUUUCCGAGAAAUCCGGAAACAGCUGGAGAAAAUGACACACUGGUUUCAUAGGAACCCGUUAAAAGCCACAGCUCCUGUCGCUUUUAACUACUAUGGUGUAGCCGCUGGCCCUGCUGCUUCAAAAAUUUGCAGUGACUUGAGAUCAUCCAGAGCACGACUGCUUGAACUCUUCACUGAUUUGAGCUGUAAUCCAGAAAUGAUGAAGAAUGCAUCAGAUUCCUAUUUUUCACUUUUACAAGGUUUCAUAAAUUCAUUGGAUGAAUCUACCCAAGAAAGCAAGUUACGAUAUAUUCAAAAUUUCAAAUGGACUGAUACAUUACAAGGACAGGUUCCAAGUGCCCAGCAGGAUGCUGUUUUUGAAUUAAUUUCCAUGGGAUUUAAUGUAGCUUUAUGGUAUACCAAAUAUGCUUCAAGACUGGCUGGAAAAGAAAACAUAACAGAAGAUGAAGCAAAAGAAGUCCAUCGAAGCCUAAAAAUUGCAGCGGGGAUUUUUAAACAUUUAAAGGAAAGUCAUAUCCCAAAGCUUAUUACACCUGCAGAAAAGGGGAGGGAUUUAGAGGCACGACUACUAGAAGCUUAUGUUGUCCAGUGUCAGGCUGAAGCUCAAGAAGUAACAAUUGCUCGAGCAAUUGAACUGAAACAUGCUCCUGGACUAAUUGCUGCACUGGCCUAUGAAACUGCCAACUUCUAUCAAAAAGCUGAUCAUACUUUAUCCAGUUUGGAGCCUGCAUAUUCUGCUAAAUGGAGAAAAUAUCUUCACUUGAAAAUGUGUUUCUACACAGCUUAUGCUUACUGUUAUCAUGGUCAGACUUUGUUGGCUAGUGAUAAAUGUGGUGAAGCAAUCAGGUCUCUCCAAGAAGCAGAAAAAUUUUAUGCAAAGGCAGAAGCAUUGUGCAAAGAAUAUGGAGAAACCAAAGGACCCGGACCAACGGUCAAACCUUCAGGACACUUAUUCUUUAGGAAACUUGGAAAUCUUGUGAAGAAUACCCUAGAGAAAUGUCAGAGAGAAAAUGGAUUUAUUUACUUUCAAAAAAUUCCAACAGAAGCUCCACAACUGGAACUCAAAGCAAAUUAUGGUCUCGUAGAGCCUGUACCUUUUGAAUUUCCUCCUACAAGUGUGCACUGGACACCAGACACGCUGGCUGCAUUUGAUCUCACCAAAAGACCCAAGGAUGACAGUCCCAAACCCAAACCAGAAGAAGUGGUGAAACCUGUGAAAGAACCAGAUAUCAAACCUCAGAAGGACACGGGGUGCUACAUCUCCUAAAGUACAUCGAUAAAAUGUGCACUUUGAAUUUCUCUACUAGUAGAUAAGAUAAACCAUGGAACUUCAGUUCGUAUUUCUUGAAAUGUUUCCUCUGAAGCCUGUAGAAUGACUUAGUACAUUCAGAGGGAAUCUGCCUUCAGUUUAUUUGUUCUUGAUUUUUAAUAUAGUAGAGAUGUUUCAUGCUUUGUUUCCAGACUCCCAUUUUAAUCAGGACAACAUGUAAAAGAUUUUGUUGUGCCUCUGAAGGGCAUGUUUGGCUGUUGAUUUUUGUUCUGAACUCUGAGUAGUAAUAAGUUUCCGGUUACUAUAUUAUAGUGGUUUCGGGUAUGUUUUUCUAUCUUCACAAACAAAAAAGUUUAUUUUCCUUUCUCUUACUUGAUGCCAGAAGAAUGACAGGAGUUGGAUUUUAACCGAGAGGCUUUUCCCCCUCACCAUUAUGUUGUCACACAGACUUGUUAUGUUCUGGGUCUAUUAUCUUUUCUGGUAGAAGAGUCAUUUAUAGUUGGAGAUCAGAAAAUCUGCAUACCAAAUCCCUUACAUAUGUAAGAAGCUAUAAUUUGUUCAGAAAUCAGUGUUUAUAGGUAUUUUGAGACCAUUUAAGAACUUACCCCAGGGGUGCCUGGCUGGCUCAGUAGGGGGAGCAUGCGACUCUUGAUCUUGGGGUUCUGAGUUCAAGCCCCAUGUUGGACAUAGAGAUAACUUAAGUAAAUAAAUAAAUCUUUAAAAAAAAAAAAAAACACAUACUCCUGUUCUGGUAGCCUCGCACUUUAUUUCAACCUCAAUAAACCUACGAUGAUUUUUACAAGUACCUUUCCUGAUGGGUUUUUUUACUUAGAGAACAGAACUUUGUGACAGCUCUUUAUGAACACAGAAUGAAAAUGUUUUUGCAGAAGUGAGAUACUGCGUGAUAUAAAGAAGAAACUUUUUUUUUUUUUAAAGAUUUUAUUUAUUUAUUUGACAGAGACACAAUGAGAGAGGAAACACAAGC